UCCAAAAGUGUCUCCGGCCGCUGCCGCCGGCCUUCGGUUCGCCGCUGUCAUGGCGAAGGGACACGGCUUAAAACUCACGCAACAGAACAGGUGAAACGGAGGAGAGCAGCGGAAAGUAGAUGGAAAGGAGAAAUUAAAAUCACCUCAGGAGAUAAAAGUUGGGAGCUUCUGGUGAAGAGUUGGCGGCCGCGUCGACGUUUAAAUCAUUGCUGACCCAGUUCCUCCUCAAUUUUAUAUUUUAUUUUAAAUUCAAAGUGAUUGUUUUAAAAGAGAGGCUGAAGGAAAAGUUUUGUUCUGGAGUGGGAGCUGUGAGCUUCAUCGUGCCAGCGACAUGUCCGAGUCCAACGUGAAGGUGGCGGUGAGGAUUCGCCCCAUGAACCGGAGAGAAAUUGAUUUGAAGACCAAAUGUAUCGUGGACGUUGAAGGCAACCAGACCAUCCUCACUCCAGCUAAUGCAAACCUCAGCAAAGGAGAUGCCCGGAGCCAACCAAAGGUUUUUGCAUAUGAUCACUGUUUCUGGUCGAUGGAUGAGUCUGUGAAGGAGAAGUAUGCAGGUCAAGAUAUAGUGUUCAAGUGCCUUGGUGAAAGUUUGCUGCACAAUGCCUUCCAAGGAUACAAUGCUUGUAUAUUUGCUUAUGGGCAGACUGGCUCGGGAAAAUCGUACACAAUGAUGGGGUCAAAAGACAAGCCAGGUUUGAUCCCCCGGUUGUGCAGCAAGCUUUUUGAACGAGCAUUACAAGAGGCAAAUGAAGAGCAGAGCUUCGCAGUUGAAGUGUCGUACAUGGAAAUCUACAAUGAGAAAGUCCGGGAUUUGCUUGAUCCAAAAGGUAGUCGACACAGCUUGAAGGUGAGAGAACACAAGGUUCUAGGUCCAUACGUGGAUGGCUUGUCUAAACUGGCUGUGACAAGUUACAAGGAUAUUGAAUCUUUGAUGUCAGAAGGGAACAAGUCUCGAACAGUUGCCGCAACCAACAUGAAUGAGGAAAGCAGUCGCUCCCAUGCAGUAUUCAACAUUAUUCUUACACACACACUAUGUGAUCUCCAGUCUGGGACGUUGGGUGAGAAGGUGAGUAAACUGAGCUUGGUGGACCUGGCAGGCAGCGAGAGAGCAGCAAAAACUGGAGCUGCUGGGGAUCGUCUAAAGGAAGGAAGCAACAUUAACAAAUCUUUAACAACUCUAGGCCUGGUAAUCUCUGCUCUGGCGGAUCAGGCUGCUGGUAAAAACAAGAACAAGUUUGUUCCCUACAGAGAUUCCGUACUGACCUGGCUGCUCAAGGACAGUCUUGGUGGAAAUAGCAAAACGGCAAUGAUAGCAACGGUCAGCCCUGCAGCUGACAAUUAUGACGAAACACUGUCAACGCUGAGGUACGCAGACAGAGCCAAAAACAUUAUUAAUCACGCUGUGGUGAAUGAAGAUCCUAACGCCCGGAUCAUCCGGGAGCUCCGCGAGGAAGUAGAUAAACUGCGGGAACAACUCUCCAGAGCAGAGGCAAUGAAAUCUCCAGAGUUGAAGGAUCGUUUGGAAGAAUCUGAAAAGCUAAUUCAAGAAAUGACUGUUACCUGGGAAGACAAACUAAGGAAAACAGAAGCCAUUGCACAAGAGCGUCAAAGGCAGCUUGAGAGUCUUGGUAUUUCUCUCCAAUCCUCGGGAAUCAAAGUUGGGGAUGACAAGUGUUUCUUGGUGAAUCUGAAUGCAGAUCCAGCCUUAAAUGAACUGCUUGUUUACUACUUAAAGAAUCACACUCUCAUUGGAUCUGAUGAUUCUCAGGAUAUCCAGCUGUGUGGAAUGGGAAUACUUCCAGAACAUUGUAUUAUUGAUAUCUCUCCAGAGAGACGAGUCAUUCUCACACCAAAACAAAACACCAGAACGUUUGUGAAUGGCUCCCUUUUAACCAGCCCUACACAGCUUUAUCACGGUGAUCGAAUCCUCUGGGGUAACAACCAUUUCUUCAGAAUUAAUCUGCCAAAAAUGAAGCCAUUGCAGGAAGAUGAGGGGCAGGACAACUCCAUGAUGCAAAGUUCCAGUAGUGAGCAACUGGAUGGAGAUGGAGACAGUGCUAGUGAUGGAUCCAGUGAGAAUAAUUACAGCUUUGAGUUUGCACAGAUGGAGGUCACGAUGAAGGCCCUUGGGAACGAUGAUGCAAUGCAGUCAGUGCUGCAAAGGUUGGAGCGGCAACACCAGGAGGAGAAACGCUCGGCACUGGAACAACAGCGCCUCAUGUACGAAAGGGAACUGGAGCAGUUACGCAGGCGUUUGUCCCCUGAGAAACAUUACCGCAGUAUGGAGCGCCUCUCGUUCUGUUCCCCCAGCACUCAGCAGCGCCUCCGUCAAUGGACAGAGGAGAGGGAGGCAAUGCUCAAUCACAGUCUCAUGAAGUUGCAGGAGCAGAUUGCCAAGGCGAAUCUUUAUGUUCGUGAGGCAAAUUACAUUGCUGAAGAGAUGGAGAAAAAGACAGAGUAUCAGGUGACACUGCAGAUUCCAGCAUCCAACCUUGAUGCAAACCGAAAGCGAGACUCUGUUCUUAGUGAACCAGCGAUUCAGGUACGGCGGAAAAGCAAAGGCAAGCAGAUCUGGUCACUGGAGAAACUGGAAAACCGACUCAUUGAUAUGCGCGAGCUUUACCAGGAAUGGAAAGACUGUGAUGAAGACAAUCCCAUGAUGAGGUCCUACUUCAAGCGAGCUGACCCAUUCUUUGAUGAACAGGAGAACCACAGUUUGAUCGGGGUUGCAAACGUGUUCUUGGAGUUGUUGUUCUAUGACGUUAAAUUACAGUAUGCAGUGCCUAUUAUCAAUCAGAAAGGGGAGGUUGCAGGACGCCUACAUGUAGAAGUGGUUCGGACAAGUGGUGACUUCAAUGAUCGCAUUGCUGGUGGAGAUGAUGCAUCGGAUGAUGUGAAUGAAAGUGAAUCGCAGGAGAAGGAAGCAUCACGAAAAUUCACCUGCAGAAUAAAAAUUCUUCAAGCUACGGGCUUGCCUCGACAUCUGUCAAACUUUGUUUUCUGCCAGUACACCUUCUGGGAUCAAACGGAACCGAUCAUGGUCGCUCCAGAGGUGGAUCCUUCCUCUUUAACCCCUACCGGUAAAGACCCAGAGUGCAUGGUCGUCUUUGACCACUGUAAGGAUUUCUCCCUCAAUCUUUCUGAGGACCUGUUGGAAUAUCUCUCUGAAGGAGCUUUGGCGUUCCAAGUCUACGGACAUAAAUCAUGUGACCCUCGCAAAACUCCUUCCAUAUGGGAUUUGGGAAUAAUACAAGCCAAAACACGAUCACUACGGGAUAGGUGGAGUGAGGUAAUGCGGAAGGUCGAGCUCUGGAUCCAGAUCUUGGAACUGAAUGAGAAUGGGGAGUAUGUUCCUGUGGAGGUAACCCCCUCCAAGGAUGUUCCCACUGGUGGGAUUUUUCAACUACGUCAGGGUCAGUCUCGACGUGUGCAAGUGGAGGUACGGUCAGUUCAAGACUCUGGGACGUUGCCUUUGAUUGCUGAAGAAGUGUUGUCUAUUGCUGUGGGAUGUGUCAAAAUUAGACCUGCUAGAACUCAGAAAUAUCAAGAUACGCACUUGGAAGAAGAGGAUGAUAUGGACAGUUACCAGGAGAGAGAUUUGGAGAAGCUCCGUCGGAAGUGGCUGAGCGCAUUGACGAAGAGGCAGGAAUAUCUUGACAAGCAGCUCCAGAAACUCAACAGUAAACCUAAUAAGUCCGAGGAUGAUGCAGAUCGCGAGGCGCAGUUGCUGGAGCGAAGAUUGACUCUGACGGAAGAGAGGAAUGCUGUAAUGGUGCCAUCAGCGGGGAGCGGAAUCCCAGGGUCCCCGGCAAAAUGGAGCCCAGCAGCUGGAAUGGAAACGCAUGUUCCUGUUGUUUUUCUUGACUUAAAUGCAAAUGACUUCAGCUCCCAGGAGGAUCUUGAUGGGCCAGAGCCUGGUGGGCUGGAUGCCAGCCUUGCAGAUGAAGAUAUUGAUGAAAUGUUAGAACUGCAAAUCGCCAAACAUCAUGACACAGAGGUAAAAGCAGAGGCUUCAUGGGACGCCAAUGUCCAUAACUGUGCGUCACUGAGCAAAGGGACGCCAGCCGAUGAACGGGUUUUCCUUAUUGUGAAAACUGUGGUGAAGCUAAGUCAUCCUGCUGACAUGCAGCUGGUGCUACGUAAACGCAUCUGCGUAAAUGUUUACAGCCGGCAGGGUUUUGCACAAAAUCUCUUCAGAAGAAUGUCCCACAGAAAUACACUGAAUGCAUGUGGAGUGACCUUUGAGAUUGUCUCCAAUAUCCCAGAGGAUGCUCAGGCAUCUGAAGACCGUGAAACGCUGGCAAGAAUGGCAGCAGAGCUAGAAAAUGCAGAGUCUGCUGAGAAGGAAGCGUACAUCGAGAAAUACCUGCGCAGUGUACUGGCAGUGGAGAACAUCCUUACAUUGGACCGCCUCCGUCAGGAGGUUGCAGUAAAAGAACAAUUAAAUGCAAAGCGUAAAAUGACCCGAAGAUGCAACAGUUCUCCAAACGUCAACCGGUUGUCUGGGAGCCGUCAUGACCUCAAUACAAGAUCCAGUCUUGAACGCAACAAGAGUCGAUGGGAGAGUCACCAAGACAUAUCCAUGGCUGCGCUGCAGGCAAACAAGAGGACACCUCCACCGCGUUCCCCAGUGUCCCGCCAUUCGUUGCCACCCCAGUCGCAAGAUGCAGACUCGUUGUCAGUGCUAGCAGCCUCUUACUUAAAUCCAGUGAAGGCCUUUGUACCACAGAUGCCCAAACUUCUCAAAUCACUCUUCCCUGCACGAGAGGAGGAGAAGAGAAGACCUGCUUCUCUGCCAAGUCAGUCUGUUCCCCAGAUCUUAGUGCAUUCUGCUAGCCUUGAUGUUGAACAGAACAAAGAUGCUCACCAAGAGAAAAUACCCUGUGUCCCAAUGGUGAUGACAAAACCCGUCCACCCAACACAUGCUCGCAGCGUCCCAUUGAAGAACGAGUCUGCAGACGCACCCACCCAUAAACCCCAUGAAGAACCUCAGAGUCCUUCCAGUGAAGCGUCAAGUGGCUAUUUCUCCCACAGCGUUUCCACGGCAACCCUCUUUGAGUCGGGCAUGACAACAAGCAGCGAUGUCAACUUGCUCCCGUCCGAACAGGCGACAUCGGACGCGGACUUACCCGCCCAGUUAGAAAACCAAAACGUGUUGAGCAGCGAGGGCUUGGCUCAGCAAGACACCGAGGUGGAAACGAGUCCCCGUUUUGCUGGGCCUGCUGUCAACAGAGUUCAGGAUGCGCAGCGUCAGAAUAACCAGAUGAGGGUUGAUGCUCCACAGCCCUCCACUGAAGCUGCAAGUCAGACCCGACUGCAAAGCCCAGACAUGGAUGUUGGGAAGGAUUGUGGAAGCUUUCACAGUCAGUCACUAAACCCCGAGGAAUCAGUGGCGGCCGAAGACAUGGAAGAAUUCUCAUCGAAAGGCAACUUCCCUGCCACUGAGAUAACUGAACCUCCGUUGACUGAAGCAGUUAACGCUCCUACGCCCAACCAAAUCUCUGCACUGCAUUCCCUCCAAACUGACGAAUUGAAAGAUUUAUCACCAGUGCAGAAGCCAGCACCGGCGUUAACCGACUCGAAACCCGAGGUGAAAUCUGUUGAGGCGUCGCCCAAACCCGUGGCUUCCAACCCCUUCAAAAUCCAGAGGGUGAGGACGUCUGAGUUGAAAUCGUUCACUGGCAUCUUGAGUGACGAAAAUACUUGCCAAGGUUCUGAAGGUGGCCUUGAAGGCGAAACAGUGCCAACAGAGCUGUGGCUGCCCAGAGCCUUGAACUCUGCUGUGGUUGGUGCAUUGGAGACGGAUGGUGGGUCAGAGACUGUAAGUACAAGGGCUGACGUCUGUGAGUUACCGAGCGACAAACUGGAAGUUGUUUCAGAUUCUGAGGAAGCUGCUGAAACAGUCCCUGAGUGGCUAAAAGAUGGGGAGUAUGUCUCAGUCGGUACAAACAAGACUGGUACUGUCAGGUAUAUAGGACCCACGGAAUUUGCUGAUGGAAUUUGGAUUGGAAUUGAGCUGGAUGUGCCAGCAGGGAAAAACGAUGGCUCAGUCAACGGAAAGCAGUAUUUCCGAUGUAAUCCAGGCUACGGAGUGUUGGUGAGACCCAGCCGGGUCACCAAAGCCACCGGCUCGGCGAAACGCCGCAGCGCUGGGCUCCGGAUACAACUGGCUGCCGCCUCAGAGAAUCGGAGAAGUGGGAGCUUUUCAAAGUCCAAUCCAAACCUGUCGGCUCUCACCGCACUUGCCAAAUCAGAGGGUGGAGCAGGACUCCGAUCAGGUGACAAACCUCCAAGGAAGAGUGAACAUAGGAAAUCCUGGUCAUCUGACCAAAAACCUUAGUACGAAAUGAACCAGGGAAUCCGAUGUCUAGAGCUCGUCGGUGAGGUUUGAGAACUGGACAUGAUGACUUUGAUCUGGACCCGGUGCCUUUACCGAGUAACACCCCCAUCCCGAGGACCCAAAUUCCCUAAAGCUACUCUGCUCUUCAUUUCAAAUGUAUUUUUCCUUUCUGCAUCUGAUAUUUCUCUUCCAUUGGUAAAAGUAGAUGAUUAAAUUUGACUGAACUUGUCCACUGGAAGAAUGGAACUGUUUGAGUUGAAAGGUAAACGUGUUAAUUUUUCUUGUUUGUAACUGUUUGGAGUGACAGUGGACAGAUGAGAGAGAGGAGAACGAAAAUGGGGAAGGUAUUUAAUCCUUGCUGAACUUAAUUUUGGUUGGAACCCAUGGCCAGUCUGAUUCCUGCGUCCAGUCCUUGUUAAAGCACAAUCAGUUCUCUGAGGUCGAAAAUUAGGAGUCGAAUUCUCGUCCAUGUUUUAUAUUUUUUAUCUGUGGCCUAAUCAGUCCCUUUUAUUUCUCACUACCUGUAACAAACUUUCCUUAAAAAGUUCAUAAACAGAAUGGGACUGUAUAUUUACGUAGUAAUGUCUUUUAAAAUGUAUAUUAGGAUUACAAAAGAAUGUAACAUACACAACCAAUAAAAAUAGCUCAGAUCCCUUGAUCCCAGCCCUGAGGAGCACAGAAAUACUAGGGACCAACUCCUGACGUAUUUCCCAUUGAUCCCAGCAAUUCCUGUUUUCCAAAGCGCUGAUUCUCUGGGAAUGUAGUUGUAAAAACACCUUCCUGCCUUGUAACCAGCUCAUCACCUCAGAAGAAAUGGGGAAGAGAAGAGCCAUAGCAGUGUGAUCUAAUACAGUCCAAUGCACCUUAAGGUAUACUUUCCGACAGCUCUCGCCUCUGUGCAACUGCAUUAAAUCCAGGUGGCUGCCUAUUUUGAGUGAGUGGUUUAGAACCUGCUUUUUUAAAACAAAAUGCACACAGAAAAAUACUACACUGAGCAUUUGUACAGAAAGUUUUAGCUGGAGUAAUACAACUCCUGUUCCUGGACCUGGUCAGUGGAGAUUUACUCAAAUAGACCUUGAAGGUUAUAGAAUGACACAUGCAAUACUACAUCAUCGUGAGGCUGCUGCUUCUCUGUUGUAGGCCACUACAGCCACAUAAGAAACUUCGAGUAAUUUUUUUUAAUGAUUUCAAAAUUUUAAUAAAGUUAAUGAUUUUCAUGAUUUAAAAGUUUUAAAUUUUAAAAAAUUAAAGAAAAAUGCACAUCCAAUGUGAGAUUUUUAUAUUAAGAUUUUAAAUGUAAUUUUUUUUUCUCUUGCACACUCAGUCCAUCACUCUUGGAUCUAUUCCAGAUUGAAGUAUCUGUGUGUUAAUUGAGGUUGGUGAUUAUACUUACUAUUGAUGUUUGGCAAUACAUUACCAAUCUUGUGGAUAUUUUGCAGGAAUCGUGUGAUAUGAUGGACACAGGCUCCCAAUUCAUAGCCUCUUCUGUGAUUUCAUUUAAAAAUUGAGUUAAACAUUUUUCUGUGUUGAUAGGGAAAGGUUGGGCAAAGUGCACUGCUCUGAAAAUUAUCCUGCCUACUAUACCAGGUCUCGUUAGACUAUACUGGCUUAAUUAUUACUGUGUAAUGUAUGGGCUGCCAUUUGCUGAUGCCUAACUCCAGAGACACCGUUGGCCAGAAUUAAUGCUGUUGCAUGUGAUACCCUAAAGAUUACUUGUUUGAAUAAUUUCCUCAGCAAAACAGAAUUAAAAUGAAGCAUUAUUUAAGCUGCCGUGAGGGACAUCAGGAAGUUUACACCACCUUUGGUGCAUCGGUUGGCACAGCUGAUAUAAGUUUGUUCAUCACAUAUGUGAUUGAUAUUAAUUGUAUUAGAUGGCUUUGGUCUGGGAGAAAAGUUUCAGUGAAUACGUCCUGCCAGCUAUGCUUAAGAUGUAGUCUGUGCAUCAAAUAACUGUCUUAGAUUAUCAGAAUUUGUGUUUUAAUCCUUCUGAUUAUGUAAUGUCCCUGAAGAAAAAGUCUGUGUAAGAGAGGAGAAUAAAGGGAAUUAACUUUCAUAGCAGCAAGCCUCAAAUAGAUUCCAAUAUAACAAUUUGAUUGACCAAAACCAAGCUUCUAAAUAGGAGGCAUUUUCUGUCGUUACUCAAUCUUAGUUGAAGGAGAUUUAAUACAUCUUCAAAAUGGUCCUGCCACAAGUGGCAGCAAAAUGGUAAUGCAUUGUUUUUUUCUUUUCGAUAAAUGGUUCCUUUCAUAAUUGUAAAAGGAGAAACCAUUGCAACACCCCUGUCAGCUUGGCAUUCUGCAGUGCUGAUUGAGAAGUGCAUGCACUUGGGAGCUGUUCCUCAAAACAAAACGUAAUUAAAAUGACUGAUGAGCUCAGAGUGCCAUGUGUGCUUGCCUAGCUGAACAUUUUUGCAACUGUUGAAAAGUUUUUCUGGCUACAUGAAUACACCUGGUAGAAUAUUUGAUUGCAGUUUUCUGUUUUCCACCUGCCGAACUGAUGGAUUCCACCCAAUGCAAAAUGGAAGUGAUUUUCUUGAGUUGUGAUGAUGACUAUGGUUGAUCUUUCUGAAACACGCUAUGAAGUAUUGUGCCUGUUGGAAAUACUGCCAGUUUCCCACUGUAGCUGCUUCCAGUCAGCCUAAGUUGCUACGUGUGUGUUGUUGUGCAAUGGUGUUUGAUACCUGUCGCAAGUGAAUGGUGCUGGAGUGAAGUUCCACACAUCCAGCUCAACAGCAUACAUAAAAAGCUUCUGUGGUUGGCCUGUAGGUUACUUUUGUAGUGCACAAUUGGUGAGAUAAAUCAAGUCUGCUGACAAUACAUCUGUCCACAAAUGCCAGAGACUGACAGUGAUGGUAAAACUAUAGCUCUACUGACUGUCCACACUUGUGUGUGAAUUAUCCUUAUAAAUUGUGCUUGCACGGCAUUAGAUUUUGGCUGACAAAACGAGCACUGACGUUUGUAUACGGUAUGUAGAAGUACAGAAGGCAAGUAUGGAACACAAGUCACCAGCAUUCUGGAUUACACUGCCUUUUUACAAGUAAGGCUGACUUUCUAACCUCUGCUGUCAGAUUUUGUUCUGUGCUUACAUUACAACUCUUCAUAUGAAUGAUUGGUAAUAAGUUAUUGGACUAGUUUGGCCCUUGGAAUACUCCUGUAAAUUAUGGCUUCUUUUCUUUGAGGGAUUUUGGAAUAGUGACCAAGAUUAUGUCCUUGUAGCUGACCUGCAGUGUGGUUAGUAUCUUUCCAGUACAGUCUGCCUAUACAUUUAAGGCCUUUUGAUGCAUUUUAAUGUAUUUACUGUUACCUGCUCCAGUUUGGAGGGCACUGUUAUCUUUAGGCCAGUAGAACAAGUGUGUGUAAUUUCAGAAUAUUUUCUGAACCUACUGCAAUGCAACAAGUGAUUGGCAUUUGUAAAUACCCAGAGGCGGAAAAAGUUGAGAAGCAGGAGUUCAAUAUGCAGUUGAUUCAGGCUGGGUUGUUUAGUGUACCACAGGGAAAGAUUUCUGAUGUUCUUGGUAUGAGAGUAGUGUAUAAGUAAGCAGGAUUAGCUGAUGUUUUUGUUUUGAACUGGCUGUAUAAGAGUAUUGGGUCCAAACAUUGCAUCCUUUUUAAAAAAAAAAUUCUAUUUUAUAAAAUCUGAGGCCUAUGAUGUAAAUAAACUUUGCAACUAUCUAUUGUAACCUAUGUCUAUCAGGCUUGAUUAAAAUAGUUUAUUUAUGUUUGCAGCUCUGUAGAGCAGUAGCAUAUAUAUUAGAGAUCUUACAAUGCAUCUGUUUUAAAAAAGAUUGAUUUUUUUUACUACUGAAGGGAUUUUGUGUAUGAAUUAAAAAAAAACUUUCAUCCUAAGGCUCAACAGUAGUGUCGAGUUUGGCAAAGGAUUUAAUUUAACACUAAUUGCUGGUUGAAGUAAUUCUGGAGUUCUGUACUACUUGUUAAUCUGUAUAUCUGCUGGGAUUGUAUAUAGAAAGCAGAAUUUGAAAAUUUGAAUGUAUGUAAUAAUUUGGGAAUGUAUUUAAGGGCUCAAUGAAAUUGGUGCUUUGCCAUCUUGUUGCCUGUCAAAAGUUCUAUUGUACACUUAAAUAUUCUGUAUAAUAACAUACUUAAUUCUGGCUGAAAAAUAAUAAAAGUAUAAAUAAAU